AUGUUAUCGCCGCAGCUGAACAUUAAUAUUUUGUUACGGCACAAGAAGAUGGCCACUUGUAUGAGUAAUUGCAAAAGCAUCGAGGUCGUUGUCUUAUACCCUGCCAUCACUUCCUCAAAUAAUAAUACCGAUCCCCGAAAUCCCCAAACUCGAAAUCAAGACGAAGAUAAGGAAUCAGUAGCGGAACGCAAAAUCGAGUUCGACAAAAAUAUGGCGCCCACUCAGGAACCCACCGCAGAUCUGCUCAGCCCUACACCACGUGACGACGCCCCCUAUUCCGAACAACAACAAAACCAAGAGCAAGGGAUCUUCAGAUUCCUCGACCUGCCUCUCGAACUCCGCCUAAAAAUCUACGCCCUCCUCCUCCCGCCGCGGUCCCACACAAUCGUGACGCAAAUCCCGCAUAACGGCUACCUCUACAAUACCUCUACCGCCCCCCUCCACUCCGCCUCCUCAUUCUACCCCUUUGGGACUUCUGCGCCCGCCAAAACAAAAACGCAAAAUCUCACCACUUACAAGGUUCUCAAUCGCAACUUUAGAACGGACUUUCCGGAAGCAAGCAUUCAUCCGGAGCUGUUACGAGUCUGUCGACAGAUCACAGAUGAAGCGGAACCGGUCUUGUAUGGCGCUUUGGAUACGGAAUGGGAUUUCGGGACCUCUAUCGAAGCUGUGGCGCCCUUCUUUGGGGAUAGGAGCCAGGAGGCGAGGAAUUGUGUGGGGCGCGUUAAGGUUGCGAGGGAGAUUCGCGAUAAUGCUGCUUCGGAGUACGUUGACUCUGCCUGGGAAAGGGUUUGCAAAUACAUUACUACCGAACUUCUGGGUCUGAGGACGGUGGAUUUGACGAUUUGGUCGAGUUCUGGGUCGACUGCUUCUUUUCCAGCCUCAAUACUGCCGGAAGGAACAGAAGAAAAGGAGAGCGAGGUUGAGACGGGGAGGAAGUGGAAAGAAUGGGAGUUUACGAAGAGGUUGCUGGAGAAGGAGGGAUUGAGGAACGCGAAAGUUACGUGGUGGGGCUUUCAAGGUUCGGACUUUGAUUCUUGGCUUGCGAGGCGGAUGGUGCAGGACAAGGCGGUUCGCGAAAGAAUGGUUGGAGAGGGUGUUGUAAGGGAGGAGAGUAUUGUGCUUGCUGGUGAAGGGGCGUGA